AUGGCGCCAGUGUUUCAGGCGUGCCGUCAGCCGCUCCGUAUGCUGUGUAUGUUUUUUCUGUUUGUAACACUUGCUGCACUUAAAGGCAACUCUCUGCUGGUGUAUGAUCGCCAAACGUUGCUAGAUCUGAGAACCUCCACUACAGGUCUGGUCAACUUAGAUCAUAAUGGACACCGAACUCUACCUCCGUUCCUCUCGGAUAUACCGGCACACCUUUGCCGCACGUCAGCGCCACUCCCUCGGCGAAAACGCCACCGCAGGCGCGGUAAGCGUGGCGGCCGUUUGGUAAGGCUGAGGGUCGCGCUGAUGCGUCCCGAUCGUGUUGGAUUUGGAGCGGUGCCUUGCCUCUGUAUCUCCCGACGUUGGCUGGAUCCUGUCGCGGCCUGUUUGGUACCGGUGGCCGGCCUGGAUGACCUGUUUCUCCCCCGCGGCCCCUGCUCUCCUCAUCCACGCUGGCGUGGAGCCGACCCAGGGAACCUGCAGCUUCUCCGCGGGGAGCGUCUGUCAACGGCUCGCUCUGACCCACCGGCUCUAGCCAGCUGCCGGGUUAUUAACCCUUCCACUGCCGCUCAAUUCUCGUCUGCUUUCAGUCAGAUCUGCGCCACUACUGAUCCUGCACACCUUGACACAGAGGCUCUUUGCUCUCAGUUUUUUCACUCUUGCCAGUCUGCCAUCGACUCUGCCGCCCCAUUAAAGAGCAGGCAGCAUUUAACUGCUGCUUUCGACACAGUGGACCAUGAUAUCCUAAUUGCUCGCCUGGAGCAGUGGGUGGGCAUCAGGGGUCAGGCGCUGGCUUGGUUCAGGUCCUACCUAUCACACCGGUCAUUCUGUGUCGGCCUUGGUGACUCUGUGUCCUCCACUGCUCCUCUCUCUUGCGGGAUCAAAUUUCUGCUGUGUAACCUGGAUUUACUGAACACUGAAUACAGUGAAAAACACAGUACAUAUCUGCUGUGUAACCUAGAUUUACUGACCUGGCUGAGACAGGAGGCCCAGCUGAAGAAGAUGGUUCUGGUUAUUGUGUUUCUUGCCUUGUUCCUGGAUCAUAUGCUACUGUCAGUUGUUGUGCCAAUCCUUCCAAAUUACCUGUACAGUACUGGCCAGGCUGCCAACACCACGUCUGGGAACAGCACUAUCAUAACAGUCAAUCCUCCCAUCAUCCAGUCAGUCAGUAACAGAUCAGUGAUUCUGGGCUCCACAUUUGGACCUCCACAUCAGAACACAACUCUUUCCAGUGAUCCCAAUGUGACCCUGAAAUCUCCUGAGUCAAACUGCUCUGAUGCAGAUCCUCAGCUGGACGAAGUAAAUAUCAAAGUAGGACUGCUGUUGGCCUCCAAGUCCAUGGUACAGCUUAUCAUUAACCCCUUCAUGGGGCCACUUACUGACAGGAUUGGAUACCACAUCCCACUGUGUGCUGGUUUCUGCAUAAUCAUCAUCGCUACCUUUUUGUUUGCCUUUUCAUCCAGCUACAUCCUACUGCUGCUGGCCAGAUCAGUGCAAGGUGUAGGUGGAUCCUGCUUGUCUGUGGCAGGAAUGGGUAUGCUGGCUGAUGUGUACAAAGAUGUCGAGGAGAGAGGGCGUGCAAUGGGUAUAUCCUUCACUGGUUUGGCCUUAGGAUUGAUAGCGGGUGCUCCAUUUGGCAGUGUGAUGUAUCAGUUUUUGGGGAAGAUGGUUCCAUUCCUGGUCCUGGCUGCCAUUGCUGUGUUGGGUGGAGGUUUACAUGUCCUCAUCUUCAAGCCAUCGCAGGUGCAAACACAGAUGGCAAAAGGAACUCCACUGCUGACUCUCCUCAAGGAUCCAUAUAUUCUCAUUGCUGCUGGAGCCAUAUGUUUUACAACUCUGAUUAUUGCCACCAUAGAGACAGCCCUUCCUAUCUGGAUGAUGAAGACCAUGUGUGCCAGCAAAUGGCAGCUAGGCACAGUCUUCUUGCCAGACAGCUUAUCCUACCUCAUUGCAUCCAACAUCUUUGGUCACCUGUCACAAAAACACAGUGUAAGUUGGCUAUGUGCUUGUGUUGGAAUGGUCGUAGCUGGAAUAACCACGAUUUCAUUUGGAUUUUCCAAGAACAUCUAUUAUCUGCUUGUUCAGAAUGCAUUUGUUGGCUUUUCAGUUGGCAUCGUGGACUCCUCACUUCUACCUCUUAUGGGUUACUUGGUGGACCUGAGAUAUGUGCCAGUAUAUGGUACAGUUUAUGCCAUUGCUGAUGUUGCAAUCUGCGUUGGAUUCUGUAUAGGUCCAGCUAUUGCAGGUCCUAUAGUGGCAUCAAUUGGCUUCCCCUGGCUCAUGGCCCUAAUUGGAGCCAUAAAUAUUAUCUUCGCUCCACUGUGUAUCUUCCUUUUCAAUCCACCUCUGCAGGACGAACAUUUGUCAAUAUUAACAGAAAAUUAGAAGUUUGGAUCUCUGGACUCCACCGAUGAUUUGUUCAAUCGUGCAAGUUUUAACUGGACAUGUAAAGGAAUUUCCUGUGGUUUCAGCCUACUCAAAAUGGCAGCUGAAGUAGUUUCCUCUCAAAGACAAAGACAGCCAGACUCAGUUCUCUAUCGU